UUAUUAUUAAUUAGGUAAUUAAUAAACAUAGAAACCCAAUAAUUUAGACAGCAGGUCAUGGUCAUUAAAGAACCAAACUGAACCCAUGUCCAAAAUUGCAUCCUGCCCCAGAAAUCUGUUUAUCAUGUUCUAUGCAAUAUUCCAUAUAGGGAUUCAAACCUUUUCCCCUUUAACAGGGCCAAGAGAAAACCCAAGAACUUUCUAUACCAGAACUGAGGCUGAUGCUGCUGGAAAGGACACCAUCUGUGGAGAGUUCUGCAAGUAACAUCUUGAACAGAAAGGAGGUGGCUGGGAGGAAAGUUAAUGUGGUGAACGCCCCUGACUGGUUUUCACCUGGACAGUCUCUGGAGAAUUUGAGGCAAGAUGUGGGACUUUAUCUCCAAAAGGUUGCUCCAGGACCUCACGCCUUUCUCCUGGUCAUACCUGUAAAGCAGUCUACAGGAGAGGAGAGAGGGCUGCUGGAGAAUAUGGAGAAGCUUUUUGGAGAGGAAUGUUGGAGAAACACCAUGAUCAUAUUUAAUGUAACUGAGGAAAAAAGAAACAUUGAGGAAUUUAUCAAGUCAGCAGACCACGUCCAGAGACUUGUAAAAAAAUGUGGGAACAGGUAUCACUGUCUCAACAUUGAGAGUGAAGAUGAUUCUCAAGUCUCAAAGCUGCUAGAGAAGAUAGAGACAAUGGUGAAAGGAACGCCCGUGAAAUUCUAUAGUAGCAAGAUUUACCAAGAGACAGAAAAGGAGAUUGAAAGAAUGUUUGAGCAGGCAAAAAGAAAAGCAGAGGGAGAAAUGAAGGAGAAACCCAAAAUAGAUGAUGAAUUCAUGAAAUUUCUCCAGCCUGAGCUUUGGAAAUAUAUUUUGACCAUUAAAUAUAAGGAUGAAGGUAAUAGAUCAGAAGAUUGAGCAGAAGAAGAACACCAGAAAAAGCAGAUAAAUAAAUGCAAUGAACCAGCUGAGCUCCAGGGGUGAGACAAUAUAAAGAGCUACAGUAUAUAUAACACUGCAAUAUAAAGAUAUACAUACAAAAGUGUUAUGCUGUUUCUGCAGGCUUAUGUCUAGGCUUUAGUUCAGAUUCUUCUCUUUGCUUCCUUCAUACACAUUUGCCUAUACACAUUUGAUAUAAUCAAUCUUGUUCCUCCUGUCUAUAGUUAACUAUUAAAAUAUGAGCUAAUAUGAAUACAUCUAUGAUCACAGUAGAGAAGCAUGGAAGUUGGGAUUAUUAAUUAGCAGUACACAAAAGUGUUUGAGACUUGUA